AGGAGGCAGCGGCGGCACCGCCUGUGCCUGUGCCCGUUUUAUUGCCCAACGGCCGCGGGGGGAGGCGGCUCUCAGGCCGCUGCGGACACCUCCUUGUGGGCUGCCAGCAAUGCGGGGUAACAUCAUACUUGAGCCAAAGAUAUGGAAAGCUGUGACAUGGUGAAUGCUGUACAAGAAAUCCUCUCAUCUUCUGCAGACUCUGACAUCAGAAAUACCCCCAGCUCACUCUGUAGCUUGAGUUGUAACAGAAGGCCCUCCUCAAAUCCCAAUGGAGUUUCUGGUUACUCAGGGAAUACCAGGUCCUCAUUAAUGCCUGGUGCUGUUGAGCUGCUCUCCUCCUUUAUGCAAGAUAUCCAGAACACUGGAAAUGCUGACUCUGAAUUUGUGAAGAACUGUGAGACCAGGUGGCUGCAGUUAUUGAGACUGGUGGAAAAACAAUGUCAGGAACAAAUAGUUGCCCAGCAAGAGCAGUUCCACCAUCAAAUCCAACUGAUUCAGGAUGAGAUCAGGCAGUUAGUGAAAAUACAGCCCAGCAGCUGGGCUGCCAGCAAGAGCAGAAGUUUGCCUGCCAAGCUCCCAGCCCCUUUUUCAUCACUAGAAAUGGGGAUGCGUUCUGAAACCUUUGAGGAAAAUGAGUGCAUUAUCAAUCAGCUUUCUUCUAAUGAAGCAGAAAGUCAGCCAAGUGCUUCUGAUCUGCACCAGGAGUGUUCUGCAAAUGAUUCUUCAGUCACCAGUGGGUAUGGGACACUUUCUGCCUCUGAACUCAACCCCAGCAGAUCCAACAGCAUGAACAAGUGCACAGAGAAAACCUCCCAGGGCCAGGGUGGUGCAGCAGGACUGCAAAGGGAUGCAGUGGCAGCCUGCCUUCCACAGCAAAGAGAACUUUUACCAAAAAAAACAGAGGAAAAUUUUUCCUCAGGAAGGAUUGAUACUUCAGUUGUUCCUGCUGAGUUUGAACAUAAAGUUGAUGAAGCUCAGUGGGGAAAAAAACCCAGUAAAUCUUUAACAUCAUGGGCACAAAAGUUGAAACAAAACCAUCCAAAAAGAAAUACUGAAGAAAUCUCUGUGAACUCUAUGCAAGAAAACGAGCAAGCAAGGAAAUUACCACUUGAGAAUGCAAACCUUACUGAUGCUGCUUUGCCACCUUACACUUUUUACCUCAAUCAACCAAAGGAAAGUCCCAAUUCCCUAGAGUCUGAAGCUUCAGGACUUUCCUACUGGAAAUUAGAUGAAAAGGAGAUGUAUCACUCUUUACCAGAGAAUUUCAGAAGUGAGUUUGCAGAUAUUUUCUCCACAAAAGUAUCACCAGAUCAGUUGUCUCCUGCUGAGGAAGCAAAGCUCUCAUCAUUGAAGGAUAUUUAUCAUAAAAGACAAAGGGAAAACAAGCAGCAACCUGACCAGAAUUUUGUCCCUUCUUCCCACUCAAGUCACCCACCUCAGAUCUUGACACUGGACCCAACCCUGCAUAUGAAACCAGGUCAGCAGAAGCCAGGAUGCUGUUUCUUCAAUAUUCCUGAAGAGCCUGCUCCUUUUUCUCCAGAUUCUAUGGCAGAGCCCGGAUUCUCAAGUCAUUGUGACACAGACUCUUUUUCCCAGACAAGUAAUUUCUCUCACUUAGCUGAUUCUCCAGAUUACCCUGCCAGCAGCAGAGCUGUGCAUUUGGACCCCUGGCAAAGUCACCCAUUCCAAAUGGAAAACAAGACCAGCUGUCCCUUUCCAAUGGCAUAUAUGGAUGCUAAUAAAGAUCAUUUAGUCAGCACUGAGGAGGAAGACACACUGACUCUAACUCCAUCUUCUGUUACUCAGUGUGCUGACAACAGUUUGCCAGAAUAUAGUCCCUCAGUGACAUCUGUUGAAGAUCCUGUGAUAAUGUCAAACAUUAGGCAGAACUUGAGAGAAAAACAUGCUCGACACAUUGCUGACCUCCGAGCUUACUAUGACUCUGAGAUCCAGAGCUUAAAACAGCAGCUUGAGGCAAGCCAGAAAACUGCUUCAUCUGAAGACUUGAGGAAAGUCAAUCAGACUCUGGUUGACAGGUGUGACCAGUUGGAUGCAGCUCUGCAUGAAGCAAGUGCUCGAAUAAAAACCCUUGAAAAUAAGAAUAAUAGGCUAGAAAAGCAAGUGGCAGACUGGAGAGAACGUUUCCGUGCAGUCAGUGACACUUCCAAAGUUUUGCAGGAACGGGUGGAGGAAAUGCGUACAAAGAAUAAGGAGAAGGAUAACACCAUCAGUCGACUGAAAUCCAGGCUUAAGGAACUAGAGGAAGCAUUUGAAAAGGCCUACAAGUUAUCUGAUAAUAAAAAUGCAAGGCUAAAGGAAGAAAAUAAAAUGUUUCAAAACCUUUUAGGAGAAUAUGAGUCUCUUGGAAAAGAACAUGAAAGAGUGAAGGAUAUGUUGAAUGCAACUGAGAACAAAUUGCUUGAUGCAAACGCCCAGAUUUCUGAUUUAAAAAGGACAAUUUCAAAACUUGAAGCUCAGCUCAAGCAGGUAGAGCAUGAAAAUACUCUCAAACUUCGCCAUAUUACUGAAAGUCAUUUAAGACCUUCUGCCAGCAAGGUGGCAACUCCAGAUGUCAGCAGGAGAAAAUGGUUGAUACCAGGAGCAGAGUAUUCAAUCUUCACUGGUCAGCCCUUGGAAGUCCAAGAAGACUCAAAAGACAACAGAUUAGGAGAAAACUAUAUUCCUUCUAGGCACCAUUCUCCUCCUGAAAAAGACUCCUCACAAGAAGACUCUUCAACAAACACAAUAGAGAAGAAAGAAACUGAGAUGUCAGAAGCACCCAUAAUAAAAGCCUUUAAAGAACUUGAAGAAGGAAAAGCAUUCAAGGAUUGGGGUACACAGACAGAAAAAGAAGACACAUCAGCAAAAACAUCAAAUCGACGUCAGACUGUUGGGUUUGUUGAAACUCCUUUAGUUCCCAACCGAUCCCCAGAGAAAGGUAAAGAUCAACACAAACAGAAACGCUACAGCUCCCCUUCUGGCCAGAGGUCAUCAUCCCUUCCUCCUUCAAACAGGAAAUCAAACACUCCAACAACAAGAGAGAUCAUGUUGGCACCAGUCUCUGUGACAUACAGCCCAAAAAGAUCCCCAAAAGAAAACCUCUCUCCUGGCUUUAGCCAUUUGCUAAGAAAAAAUGAAAAUACAGUAACAAGGUUUGAUAUACUUCUAGAUGACCUGGAAACUGGUCCUACAUCUUUACAGCACAGUAACCCAAGAAAAAGGCUCCAGUUUCUCUCACUAGAUGAUGCAGAAGGAAGGCCUCAUCCUGGUGUCAGGUACAGUUCUGGUGCUGAAUCCAUGGAUUCUGGAAUGAAGAAAGUAACAGCGUGGGAUGAGAGGAGCCCAGCACAGAAACAUGAGCCAGUGCUGUCAUCUUGUGAGGGAGACUUCAAGUAUGCAGCAAGGAUUAAGACUCUGGCUGAAACAGAAAGGCUUUUUGAUGAGCUGACUCAAGAAAAGCAACAGAUUGAGGCUGCACUGAGUCGAAUACCUUCUUCUGGUGGAAGAGUGACCUUGCAAGCAAGAUUAAAUCAGGAAGCCCUGGAAGAUCGCUUGGAAAGGAUUAACAGAGAUUUAGGGUCAAUAAGGAUGAUUCUGAAAAGAUUCCAUGUUUUACGGACCUCUGCAAAUCUUUGACAAUGCUCUCUGGAAUGCAAAUAUGCUCUUUUAUUUUCUUUUCUUUUAUUUUGCACUAAUAUGUAAUUAUGCACUCAGUAAAUGCAAAUUGUUUUGUAUUUUUAUAAACCCUCCAAAGUAGUUUUACAACCGUGUUACCCUUUACAAACAGCAAUAUUUUGUACUUCAGACAGCCACCUAUAUUUGAAACAUAUUUUUGUUACACUUGAGAAAUCAAUGUUUAUCCUGUAUUGUACUAUUUUUAGAAAUAUCAAGUAUUUUUAAAUAGUGAUACUCAAUUUCUAAGAACAAGAAACUAAAAGGCAGCUUGUUUUCAGAAAAUGACAAAGUGUUCUCCUUUUGCACUUGGUUUUCCUUGACAUUUUAUAAAUGUUUAUGGUCUGAUGUAAAUAUUAGCCAAUAGGAAAUUUUGAACUUAACACAGAAAAGCAACAUGAAUUACAUGUGUUUAAGACAACUACUGUUCUAUGGUAAAUCCUUUUAACUGAAACCUUAUACCAGGGAUGUUUUUCAUGGUGACAAAACUGUGAGCAAUACUUGCAUUAUGGCUGGAUGCAGCUCGGGGGCUGUUUUAACAGUUUGGUUGCCACUGGCUGUGUUUGGAAAAUACUGCUCUGAAUUAUUUGAUGUCUCCCACAGUUGCAGUGAGCACCAGGAUUCAUGAGAGUGCCAGCAGCCAUCCUGUUUCCCUGAGAGCAACUCCAACUCCAGGACUGUAGCUACUUAACUGAAGUUACUGGUUUGAUAUCCCAGGCUGGGUGUGGUGCCAUGCCAGUGUUCUGAUCCCAUACAUUUCCAAACCAAAUCCAAGCUGUAUUUGUGAACCUACAUACAUUUUUCUUGGUGAAAAAUACAUAUUUGCUAGCUGGCAUCUUGCUGAAUUACUGUCCAACGUUGAUA